UAAGGUUUUAACAACGUACACUGUAACAAAAACAUCCCAAGAAAAAGAAAAAGUAAAAAAACAAUGUAUGUGUUGGUUCCUGACGAGUUCAACUACUUUCUCUCUCUGCUUCUCCUUUCUUUCUCUCUCUACUCUGAAACAAGUUGAAAUUGGCGUCAUCGCCAACACAAAUUUGGGUUCAAGACUCUCUCUCUCUAUAACCCGCAUUUAUGCGCUCUUAUCCCUCGCUUUAACUCUCCCUUUGGGUUCUUUGUGUUUUCUUAUUCUCUUUUGUAUUCUUUGUUAUGAAGUUACUCGCUCCUUGCUUCAUUCUCUUUCGUUCUUCUCCGUUUUUAUGGAACACCCAUUUCUCAGGUGCUAGUGAUUACAAGGGGUUUGAGGGUGUUGGUUUUCUUGAUGGGGAAAGGUGAAGAUGGACGCUGCAUUUUUCCUCUUACGAGUUUGCAAAUUGGAGACUUGCAAUCUUACUUUGCAGAUCUUAGCCUUUUCCUCGCAAAUGAUAGUAAAAAAAUGUAUAUAUUGGUUGACAAUAGACCAUGGCUAACUGACCUUGUGUCACGGGGAGCACACAUUUGGCAAUUGAUGAUUACCAAGUUGCAGUCAAGGUUAUCACCCUUUGUAUAUUCCAAAGCUCGAAGAGAGAGAAAGGAAGGCACGGAAGUUUGUUCUCAAUCAAGCACAAAUAAACCAAAGAAAUUUAAAAGAUGGUUCUCAUUUCUUGAUGCAGUCAUGUUAUCAAGGAAGAGAGUUUUACUGCCUGUGAAAAAUCUAAGGAAUUCCUUACAAUUUGGCAGCGAAUUGCAUAGAACUCUGUAUGGCUUUAUUGUAUUUGAAGUUGUGUGGAAAAAUGUUCGUGGUAUCAACUACUAUAAUGAGCUUCAGACUGAUACAUCACUGGCUAUAGAAGCUAAACUGAUGAAAAGAUGGGAAUUUGACAGCAUAGCUCAAGCUGCAAGCUGUAUGUCUUCAUGGUUUUCAGGAACACCUUCUGAACAGCAGCUCUUGAAAGAGCACCUGGAUUCUGUCUCAGGGGAAAUAUUUUAUGAUGCUAGUGAAGAUUUUUCUGGGACUGUAUCCAUUGAUGAUGAUGAUAAUGUCUGCAGUGGAAUUCCAGCUGUUGAAGAUAGUUUGGGUACCAAUGUAGAAGUCUAUUCUGAUAAUACAGAAGAGAGAACAGAUAUCCUACACACACCUCCUUCUGGACCUAAUAAGCGACGCAAAUUAAUGAAUUCCAUGAGUGCUGAAGUUGAAGUUGAUGGUUACUCGGCAACUGAAAUUGAUAACUCAUUGGAUUAUUCUCAGAGCUCUACUUGUGUCUCUGAUGAUAGAGUGGAAAGCGUGCAAUAUAGCGAUGUUCUUCUGUUGUUCAGGUUUGAUGAUCAUGACCUCCCAUUUAAACUAAAGGAAGUUAUAAUGUCUGAUCUGAGAUUGCUUACAUUAUUGGAGGCUGGUCUUCCUUCUUGGGUCAUCUUCCUUCAGUCAUAUCCAGUAUUGUGCAAUCUUUAUCGUCCUUGGAUGUGUCCACUUGCAAGACUUCUAUAUGUUUUGAUCUCAUUUGUCACUGUCCUCAUUGGAUUCUACGAUUUAUACAAAAAUGUUCCACUUCUUAAGGCAACUGCAUCUCGUAUAUGUGGGCCACUUUUUGAUUGGAUUGAAAAUUGGGAGAUGGUCUCAAGGAUCAAAUACUUGGGGACAAUGCUGUUUCUACAUAACUUCCAGAAGGCUCUUAGGUGGUUCCUUGCCAUUUCACAUUCCAUGCGAUCCUUUUUUUCAGUUCUUGUUCGACCUCUUGCAAAGUCAUUGGUGGAGAUUUUUGGGUUUCUUCUCCCAAGCCUGAAGUUUUUGUUUGAAAUAGCAGAAAGCAUCUUUUCUGUCAUUUGGAUCGCGGUUGAUACUUCUUUCAAUCUAGUAGGAGAUGUAUUGGAGCUGAUGUUUUUACCAUUGUGGUUUGUCCUCAGUGUUGUUUCAAGCAUUGCUACUUGUGUCUUAUAUCCUUUGUUUUGGAUUCUCUGGGAAUUACUAUAUGCUCCUGUUCGUCUUGUCCUGGCAAUAUCCAGUUUUGUGGCUUUUGUAUAUUCAUGCAUUUUUAAUACACUUGGCAACACGUGGCAAUUUGUUAGUGGCAUUUUCCAGUUGGCAUCAUAUUCUGAGGCAACAGUCAGUGCCUCUGAAGUUUCCAUGUUGCGCUCUCUUUGGAAUGACCUUUUUUCCCAGAUUUUCCGUGCUCUCAAGAGCAUAUUGUAUGGGUUUGUUGCCUUUUUCACAGCUUGCAAUAGGCAUCGACUAAGCAUCUACAAUCAUCUACAAGAGUUUAUCCAAAGAUUAUAUCGAAAGUGCCAAAGAUCACAGCAAGCAGAUUCACGAGGCAGUAGCAAAACUUGUCUUCCUCUGGAUGUGGAAGAAGAAAAGAAGAACAUUUGAUUAUGUCAAGUAUUUUGAGAGACUGCACUCUGUAUUGCAAAACAACUUUGACAAUCCUAACAUCAACGCGGCAUUUUCAGCAAACUCGAUACGAUUACCUGUAACAGUUUCAAUGUAUUACCCGUUCUUUUGGUCCCUUAGUUACUUACUUUCUCACUUUCUAUUUUCUGAUGAUUUUCAUAGUUGAAGAUAUAACAUGUACAUAUUGUAUGUACAGGAAUCCUGUAUAUUACUUCCUUCAAUGUAUAUUCAAAGUUGAAUAAUUCUGAAGUACAUAAAUUUUGU